UUGAUUCAGAAACUCUCGCUCGGCGAUUUCAUCAGUUCGUCGGUCUCCUCUCUCUCUCUCUUCUUCUCUCCAGGAAUCGAUUCGGCGCUCGAGAGAUGGGUCUCAGCAGAUGCGCCACGAGCGUCCUCUCCAUUACGCUUCUCUUGCUCCUCUUGGCUCUCGCCAAUGCCAAGACCCGCGACGUGACGGAUUUGCAAAUCGGCGUGAAGUACAAGCCAGAAAAAUGUGAUAUCCAGGCUCACAAAGGUGAUAAAGUCAAAGUACACUAUCGGGGAAAGCUGACUGAUGGAACUGUUUUCGACUCCAGUUUUGAAAGAGGUGAUCCCAUUGAAUUCGAGCUUGGAAGUGGUCAAGUAAUAAAAGGAUGGGACCAGGGACUAUUGGGUAUGUGCGUCGGUGAGAAGAGAAAGCUUAAAAUUCCUGCAAAACUGGGCUACGGAGCCCAGGGUUCACCACCGACUAUUCCUGGUGGAGCAACACUCAUCUUUGACACUGAGCUUGUUUCCGUGAACGGAAAGCCAAGCGAUGCAACUGUGGAUGACAGUGAGCUAUAAAUGGGCUUGUUUUCGCAUAAAGAGCUUUAGCGAAUCUCCCCCCUUUUCAUUUCUGCAUGGUAGCCUAACAACGACCUUUGAAACCAUAGCUACCAAGUUGGAUUUAGCUCUUACGGAUUGUACUUCCUUAAUUUAAUUUUGGAGCUGUUGAGAGUAUAGUUAUUUUAUUUUACUGGACAGUUCCGUUGCUUCUUCA